AUGAAUGGGCGUGGGCUGGUGCCUGUGGCUCUGGCUGUCGGACUCGGUAUUGUGAAUGGCUACGUUGUUUUCAACCCAGCAUUUCAAGAUCUAGAGGCCGAGAAACUACGCAAGCAGCAAGCUAUGAUAGCAUCCGACCUUGGACCUAAUCUAGUUGAGGUUCCUGUCUCCAGGUCCGAGGAGCAAAAGGGAAUGGACUCUACACAGCAAAAUCCAACAUCCUCAUCCAAAGCGACAGAUAUGCAGCCAGAUAAUGCCCAGCCGCAGAAACCUCGAUGGUGGCAAUUCUGA